AUAGUUCUACAAGAGGGCAGCUAUUUCAUUUUGGUCCAAUCCUGCGUAAUAUUCAUUUGUAUUCCACUGCGCUCACAACAUAUAUAUAAAAAUCACAUUUACACAAUUUUCCAUCUGAACACAGAACCUUUCGACUGUGAGGCAGACGCGCAUACCACUAGAACAGCAGCGGGGUUAAGCGCAUUUAUUUACUGUAUUCAUUACAGUAUCAGAAAAUCUCCAGUAGGGGUCGCCACUUCCAUUGUAAUCUGCAAAUUUACCCGGAAAACAGUAUGUAAAUUAACAAAUGUGGGAAGAAAACGCUCGUUAGCAAGUUUGCUUUUCUACACUCACCCAAUGUCACUCAUUUAAUCUGUGCGUUCAUUCAGUGGAGCUCGCCUCUACCUUUUUAUGAGCCUCUGACGGGAAAUUUGCACAGCGGCAUGUUGCUGUACAUCGUGGCCCUGCUGGCCCUGUGGUCUGUGUACAGAUGGUUCAAGGAGUCCAAACAUCUGGCAAACAGGGGGGAUAAACAUGUCUACAUCACUGGCUGUGAUACUGGCUUUGGGCAUCUCCUGGCCAGGCACUUGGAUAAGCGGGGCUUCAGGGUGAUCGCAGGUUGUUACACCGACAAGGGCGAAGAUGAGCUGAAGAAAGCCUCCUCUGACCGAAUGACCACUCUUCAUUUGGACGUCACUGACUCUGCCAGUGUUGCGCAAGCCACUGCUCUCAUUGAUGCUCUUGUCGGGCAGAAAGGGCUUUGGGCUGUUGUGAACAAUGCGGGAAUCUCCGUGCCAGUGGCCCCCUCAGACUGGCUAACGGUUGAGGACUACAAGAGGAUGCUGGAUGUCAAUCUAGUGGGCAUGAUCGACGUGACCCUUAGUGUCCUCCCUCUCAUCAAGAAGGCUCGCGGCAGGGUGGUGAAUGUGGCCAGCGCAUUCGGUAGGAUCUGCCCCUUCGGCGGUCCGUACUGCGUGUCCAAAUAUGGCGUGGAGGCCUUCAACGAUAGCCUGCGUUUGAAUUUGGCGCCAUUUGGAGUCAAGGUUUUGUGCAUCGAACCAGGCUUCUUCAGGACAAAUGUCACAGACCCACAGAUCAUUGAAGAAAAUGGGAAAAGGCUCUGGGAUAGAUUGCCUCAGGAUGUGAAGGAUGACUAUGGCGAAAACUAUGUGGAGCGUGCGCUUCAAACCAUCGUGGCCAAAUGUCAACUUCUGACAGACGACGACCUGAUGAAGGUGAUCUACUGCAUGGAGCACGCCGUGACCGCCGUCCACCCUCGCACCCGUUACUCGCCCGGAUGGGAUGCCAAGUUCAUCUGGCUGCCUCUGUCCUACAUGCCCUCUUUUGUCACUGACAGCUUGGUCCUUAAAUUCAGCCCCAAGAUUAAUGUGUCUAUGUUCUAAGAUCCAAUGGUAGACUUUUCAUGUGGUGUUACCAGUUGCUACUGUUUGAAUACUUCAUCGUUACUAUAAGUGAUCAAAUUCCAUACGUUUAUUCAGGUGUUUGGUGUACAUUGUUUCCAUAAUUCUGCAUCAAUAACAACUGUUAGUUUAGGAUGGACAUUUGAUAUAUGUAGUAUUUUUCACAGAAAGGUAUCACAAAACACAGUCAUAAAAUACAGAAUCCCAACAAAUUUCA